GCUCCCGCCGCCGUCACGCCAACAUGGUCACCCUAACGUUGUCUCAGACUCGGUGGCGAUGGGUGAAGUGAAUUGUUACACCUGCUUGUCUCCUGUAGCAAGCACGACUCGGUACUCUCAGCCCUGUUACUGCCCGGCGCAGACGCCAGAGCCACGGGACGGUGCCCCCGCCGCUGCCUUAGAUAAGGACCACCCAGCCUGAUGGCCUCCAACCUGUUCUCGAGGAUCCUCCCUACUGCCUCCGACGAACCCUACGACUCCGAACCUCUAAACCUUCACAGUCGCCAUCGCUCGUCCUCGGCGGGCACCCGCAGCACCAUGGACAUCGACAACGAGAAUCUCGAUGCGCGCUUUGAGGACCUGGACUUGGAACAUCUGCUGGAUGAAGCUGCACAAGAGCGAAUGACGGAAAGCGCCGCGUCUAUUGCGCAACACGACGAACGAGCCCCGCCGGGCAUCAAUACCGCCAGCAGAGCUGCAGCAUGGCGACAGCCUGUCUCGUCACGCCCUCUGCCUCCCGACGACGACGACGAUGUUCCACAGUCACUUCUCCUCGAAGGUGGCGUGGCUUCACCGAAGACCACCAGGGCCGAGCCGACUGAGGGCCUUCCUCCACCCGUGCCGGGUCCAUCUACGCGCCACACGCGAGCACAAUGGGAAACAACGCGACGGCAGCAGCGUCUGCACGAUGAUGGGCGGGGAGGUACUGCGCCUCGUACCUGGAGAACAUCAGCUAGGCCCGGACAAUAUACAUCGGAUCCGAAAGAGAGAGCCAUGUGGCUUUGGGUGAAUCAAACCGAUGAUCUGGAUAACUUCCUGGCCGAGGUGUACGAUUAUUACACUGGAAGCGGCAUAUAUGCUAUCCUCUUGCGCAAACUCUUAAUGCUCUUGCAGACUGCCUUUGUCAUUGGUUUUUUGACCUUCCUCGGGUGGUGCAUCGAUUAUAGUAAGCUGUCUGGCAGUCACAAACUGAGUGAAGUCAUGCAGCCAAAGUGCAUGCACAACAUACACGGGAUUUGGUGGCUAGCCCUCUGCUCGUUCAUCGUCUAUUGGCUAUGGUCAAUAGUGAAACUUGUCGGCAGGUUCCCAAGAUUGCAGGCAAUGCAUGACUUUUACCACCAUCUGUUGGAGAUCCCCGACCGAGAUAUCCAAACCGUACAAUGGCAACAUGUUGUGGGCCGGAUUAUGGCGCUGCGCGACGCAAAUCUUACGACUGCAUCGAAUCUAACGCCUGAAGUUCGGAAGCUGCUAGAUUCAAGAAGCCGACAACGGCUCGAUGCGGUUGAUAUUGCUAGCCGUCUCAUGCGGCGCGAUAACUAUCUCAUUGCUCUGUUCAACAAGGAGAUAUUGGACGUCAGCAUACCUAUUCCAUUCUUAGGCAAUAGGUUCAUCUUCUCGGAGACAACGAGGUUUCAUGUCAAUCUUGCCAUCAUGGAUUUUGUGUUCAGUGGCCCUAACGGCUCCUUCAACCAAGACUUCCUGAGAGAAAGGAACCGACGAAACCUCGUCGCAACGCUGAGGACGCGCUUGAUUUACACAGGAUUUCUCAGUGUGCUUUGCGCUCCUUUCGCCGUAACCUACUUUCUUGCGUCAUACUUGUUCGCGCGCUUCACUGAAUAUCACAAGAAUCCAUCCAUGCUUGGCGACCGCGACUUUACACCAUUCGCGCAGUGGAAGUUCCGCGAAUUCAACGAGCUCCCCCAUCUAUUCAAUCGUCGCAGAAAUAUGGCAUACCCGGCCGCUAAUUUGUACCUACAGCAGUUUCCCAAAGUCAAGAUGGAAAUGCUGUAUUCCUUUGUCGCAUUUGUCACAGGUGGUUUUUGCUCCGUGCUCAUACUCAUAACUCUCUUCGACUCCGAAUUGUUUCUCAAUUUUGAAAUCACCCCUGGAAGGACUGCCUUGUUCUACAUGACUCUGCUCACUGGCGUUUACCUAGCAGCACGUGGAAGCAGUCCUCAAGAAGACCAGGUUGCGGAUCCCGCCUACUACAUCAAUACCGUAAUAUACCACACUCGAUACGAGCCAGCUUCGUGGCAUGAUAGGCUGCACACCGACGAAGUGCGAGAGGAGUUUGCGCGAUUAUACCAACCGAAAAUCCUUCUCUACAUGGAAGAGAUGCUCAGCAUUUUGAUUACUCCUUUCAUACUCAUGUUUCGGCUCCCCAAGUGCAGCGACCGAAUUGUCGACUUUUUCCGCGAGUUCUCCAUCGUCGUUGAUGGUUUGGGGGUGGUCUGUUCGUACUCGAUGUUUCCUUUCAAGAAGGGCGAGAACAACCUCCCUGCGAAUAGAACAGGUCGACAGCAGGACAACGAGCUCCGAGAAGACUACUUUAUGGCCAACGACAAUAAGAUGAUGGCUUCUUAUCAUGGUUUCAUGGAGACCUAUGCGACUACGACUGGACGUGGCCACACGGCCCGCUUUCACCCUCCGCCACAAUUCCCAACCCACUAUAACCCCGCCUCGCAGUCCACAUCGCCGGUGGAUCCUCGUGGAUCCAGUAGAGGCCCCGCGGGACGCCAACCCUUCAAUCGCCGUGCAGGACGACAUGGACCUGCGCCCGACCGAGGGGAUCCUAUGGGCUCCGUACUACUGGAUCCCAUUCACCAACCCUCGGGUUCCGUAUUGGGGAGGUCACCGCGGCAAGGACCGCAAGGUCGUCAUCGAUCAUCCUUCCGACCACUUGCCGUACCAGAAGAAAGCAUGGUAUCUGAAUCGUGGCAACCUCAGCAGGAUGACGAGACCGAAGAUGAGACACCAGGGGCACCCCGUGGAGGUGUGCUCCAGCUGCUGCAUCAGUUCUCACGAGCGCAAGCCGAGGGUCGCACUGGAGGGGCUGUCGUUUGAUAAACUUUUGCAUUUCAAAGACUGGCGUUCAGGCAUGUUUUAUGAGGACUACCCAGUAGCAUUGGAAUUACUUGAGGGCUUUGUGCCUCUGGCGUAUAUGGGCUAAGCAUCAGCCAGUCUUGCGAUGCAUUACAUAAAGAUAUGCAAGGGAAAUAAACCCAUAUCCAGUCAGCGAACCUUCGAACUUAUAGCGAAAUCUCAGAUCUCAUUCGCAUAUGCUGUUACGAAAGUACAGAGGGCGUUCAUUACUUUAUUCAUUCGGUGUAUGGUGGACUGCAUAUAUUCAACUCAUCGCUGAUCCAUGUUCACAUGUAGCUUUCAUCCUCGGCGUCUAGUCAAGGCUUGCAUAAUUCAAUCUACCCCG